AUGGUCGGAAAAUUAUCACACAACAGAAUAAAAACAAACGAAGAAUCCUAUAGGUGUUUCGUAUACGAAAGAGUUCAAACUCACGAUAGGAAAGUUUCGUAUAAUGUUGCACAAAGUGGAGAUGCCACGUGUAACGGUCUACCUUCCGCUUUGGAAGGUUCAAAGGUCAUGAGAUUAACAAAAGGUAAUAUACGUUCCGUAACUUUGCCUUAUACGUCAGGCAUAAGAAAACCAAACUCGGCGGAAAUGCGGGUGGUUUGUCAUUCUGAAGUUAAGACUGAACCUCAAUAUUCAAUUGUUAUCGCUCACGUGACAAACGGCUGUGAUAGCGGUUACAUUUGUUUGGGUUUUUACCGUCGCGACAGCACAGUCAUCGAAUUACAACAAUCGACAAAUCUCGUACAGGUUCCCGACGAAGCCUGCAAUCAGAAUAAUUUCGAUCCGUCAAAAUUACCGUUCAUCACUUUAAUAAGUAAGUAA